AUCAGUUUUUGGCAGUUGUGUCUUGGCUUUUUGGUCACCUACGACUCUGCAUCUUUAUUACUUUUCCUUUUCGCACUGCAUAAAGUUAGAAUUCCUGCUCUUUGUCAAUAGCUGUCCAUCAUAUUUAUACUAAACUGCCUUAGUUCUGCUCCAUCGCAUCCUCUAUUUGCUUUUGUUCAAUCAUAAUUCAAUUCAUAACAGUCACAAAUGGCAGCAAAUGAUGUGCCGUGUUGUGAGACCAUGUUUUGGGUUUAUCUACUCAUAUCUGUGGCCCUGGUAGCUUUUGCCGGUCUCAUGUCAGGUCUUACUCUGGGACUCAUGUCUCUCAGCCUUGUCGAUCUUGAGGUCCUCACCAAGGCCGGUCAGCCCCAAGACAGGAAGAAUGCGGAGAAGAUUCUCCCCAUUGUUAAGAAUCAACACUUGCUUCUAUGCACCCUCCUCAUAUGCAAUGCCAUGGCAAUGGAGGCACUGCCCAUUUUCCUCGAUGCACUUCUACCAGCAUGGGGCGCUAUAUUGAUAUCAGUGUCCCUCAUACUUGCAUUUGGUGAGAUUAUCCCUCAGGCUGUUUGUUCUCGGUAUGGACUUAGUGUUGGCGCCAAAUUGUCAGCAGUUGUUCGGCUGCUUGUCAUAGUUGUCUUCCCUAUCGCAUACCCAAUUAGUAAGUUGUUGGAUUGGCUCCUUGGAAAGGGGCAUUCUGCACUUUUGAGACGGGCAGAACUAAAGAUAUUGGUGGACAUGCACGGGAACGAGGCAGGGAAAGGUGGAGAGUUAACACAUGAUGAAACUACCAUUAUCUCUGGAGCUUUGGAUUUGACCCAGAAGACUGCUAAAGAUGCUAUGACACCUUUAUCUGAAAUAUUUUCCCUUGAUUUGAAUUCUAAACUAGACGAGGAUACAAUGAGCUUGAUAAUGAGCAAAGGGCACAGUCGCAUACCUGUCUAUUCAGGAAGCCCAUCAAAUAUUAUAGGCCUUAUUUUGGUAAAAAAUUUAAUCAAAUGCCGUGCUGAAGACGAAACACCAAUCAAAAUUCUUACCAUCAGGAGAAUUCCUAGGGUGGGGGACAGUUUACCACUGUAUGAUAUAUUGAACCAAUUCCAAAACGGGCACAGCCACAUGGCUGCUGUUGUGAAGAGCAAGCACAAUGUUAAGGACUCUGCAGGAAAUGCAACAGACAAAAAUGACAUGAUCACGAUAAACAUCAAUUCAAACUCAUCAAUAUUACAAAAACAAGCAGAGGGAAAAGGAAUUGAGAACAAGCAACAAGAGAGUAUCUAUACACAUGCACCACCAUCUGUGACUUCCAGCGACACUACUGAGAGUCAGAGUCCAGCAUUACAGUACAUAACGGAGCGAUGCAAUGAUAGCUGGCACCCCCAACCAAAGAAAGGAGGUGAACAAGGGGAUGCAAAUAUAACAAAGGAAGUUUUGGAAUCACUUCCAGAUCAAGAGGAAGAAGUCAUUGGUAUCAUUACUAUGGAAGAUGUUUUAGAGGAACUCUUGCAGGAAGAAAUACUGGAUGAAACUGAUGAAUAUGUUGAUGUUCACAAUAAAAUUAAAAUAAACAUGCUUCCUUCAAGGAAGUCACAAUCAAGAUCUCCAGGAGCACCUUCUCAGAGAGCAUGGCGAACGCCGAUGGCAACUCCACUAUCUUCAGGUCAUCAGACACCAGUUUCUUCUUAUCAUCACACUCCGAUACUACGGUCCCCAAUUUCACCCUUUGUUCAGUCUCCAUUUAUACGACCAACUCUCUCUGCUUCCCCUGCUAAAUCUACCCCAAAUUCUCCAUCCAUUUGCACCUCUCCAUCCUCACAUCAGGUCUCAAGGAAAACAUAUGAGAAGCUGAGAAAACCUGGUGAUUCGUAGAGUUCCCACUUUUUUUCUGACAUGAUGACCAUUGGAGAUUUUUGGCAUGCAAGCGUAACUUGUAUUGUAUGAUAUUGGAAAUCAAAGUUCCAAAAAUAAAAUAAAAUUCUUGUAUUAGAUAUUAUAUUGUUGAUAAAACACCAUAUAAUUAGUGCUGGAA